UCCGGGGGGAGGGUGAGGGGGUGGUGGGAGGGGGAGGAAAAACUUUCGGUCAGGAGAGUGCUUCGGGAGUCUGAUGGGCGGUUAGUUUAUCUGGGGUAAAGUGAUCUCUGCCCGCGUAUGGAUUACCGAUAAGUGCAAAAAGGAGCGCGCUCGUGGCAUUAGUUAUUUAUACAUUCUCGUAAAGCGGCGGCGAUGAGAGAGAGACGCCACAGUGGCGAGGAUCGCCCGCUCUGAACCGGGGGAGUCACCGGCAGAUGAUGUCCCGACGUGAGAGUGCUUCUAGAGGAGACGAAGGAGGAUGAAGAAGGGGGGAGAGGGAACGAGAGCGGCAGAGGUGGAAUAUAAUGAAGUUGAGUGGGAAAGGACUGUGCGCCGUCUUCUCCAGCACCCUCCUCUUCGUGUGCGCCCUGAGCGAAGUUGUCGUUGGAUUAAGAUGCGUCUCGCUGGGAUCUACGGUGAGGGCGCAUUUCCACCUCGGCGCCGCGGCGGGCGCCUUCUACUCCGGGCUACUUCUGGGGAUCGGGCAGGCGCUGCUGGGCUCCGCGCUGCUCUUCUGCAUGGAGAGACCCGGCUGCAGGAAUUUCUCGCUCCUGGGCGUCGUGGUGUUCUUGUUGGGGGUCCUCACCGCCUUCUCCGGCGCGGUGGUGGACGGGGACACGGCUUCCCUGGUGGAGAGGAAAUACACGCAUUACUGCUCCCAAUCGCUGGUCGCGAACCCCGCCUGCGAGCAGCUGAGGGAGUACCAUCGGAGUCUGGUCGUGUCCACUGUUCUCAGCACCUUGGAGUGCCUCCUCGGGCUCCUCAACUUGGUGGUCAUCAAAAGGUACAAAACCGCGCAGUUCGCCAGGAGCAGAGAGUCCGAGGGGCAGCGCGCCGGGGCGAUGCUCUUCAGCGAGGAGCGGGACUGCUCGGGGGAUUUCCAGCCGGUGUCUUACAUCAACCUGGGGGUUUUUAACGUGUUUGACGAGACAGGCGCCGAGGUGCACUGCGGGGGGCAUCCGUCCAUCGAGCUGCCGGGGUACUCGCCCGCGGACCCGGAGCUCAAUCAUUGUUUCCCUUUCUCCUACCCGCUGCCCAGCGAGCUGCCCCCCGCGUACGAAGACAUUUUCCCCGCGGAGGCAUGCAACACAUAGGCGCUCCUCCUCCGCCGUGACAAUCAACGACUUUGUGCUUAAAACAAUUUCCCUCUUCUUCUACCCCCCCCCCCCCCAUCACUACAAGAGCAGUAAGUUACACAGCAGGGCAGCAGCAGUGGAUUUGAACCCCCCUGAUUAGCUUCUCAUUCGGACAUCCCCAGUCAGACCCACUGGAGGAACCGAUAAGUGAUCUGGCCCCCACAGACAGAUCCAGGCCAAUGAACGCAACAGCUUGCUAGUAAACUAAAGCGGAGUUUGUGUUUUGAAUGUUUGCUGUUGACAUUUUUACUUGUAAAUAAAACGCGUAUUUAACCUCA